ACGCCGGCACCUAUAAAUAUGGUUGCGGGAGAGGGUAAGGCAUCAGAUCCUGCCAAGUGCUCAUUCAGCUCUCACGAGGGGUACACUGAGAAUCAUGUGGAAGGUGGUAUUGCUAGUUAGCUUCGCGAGUGUUGUCCUGCAGGAGGCAGCGGCGCAGGGCGGAGCAGAGAGCAUCCCCUUCCCAGGCUUCCUUCCAAGUGAGCGUAUCAGGGAAAUUGGUCCUGAAGCGGACGAUCAGCCCAAUGAUAUCUACGCUCAUCUACCCGUGAGACGCCCCAAGCUAGAAGAUGACGAAGUGGUAAUCUACCCACAUCACUUUGGCUUCGAGUUUGGACAGGACCCAGAGCACCACAUUUACGAGGUGCACUCGGCAAAGGAGCUGGCCAGCCUCUCACACAAGCACGACAAGCAUGGCAAGCACGCACACGACCAUGACCAUGACCACCACGAUAAGGCCUCUAAGGGCGCAUCCAAGGACGGGUCAAAGACCCUUAAUCAUGUCCCUGCAUCCACCAGCAACCCUCCUCCUCCUCCUCCCUCUGCCCCAGCACAUCCCUUCCCUCAAUACCCUCCUCCCCCACAUGGCGCUUUUCCUCCUCCUCCUCCUCCUCCUCCUCACGCUCGCCCUCCAUACCCAUACCGUGCCCCUGGUUUCCCCCAUCAAGGGUAGGCCUCUAACGCUUUCCUAAUCCUUCUGUAAAUAGUUCUGGUUUUCUAUUUCUCUUCACGGCCGCCUAUUGGCUGAAUGCUGGUCACGCCCACAAAGCUGUUCCUCUUCCUCCCUGACAUUCAUAAUCAUUUUCAUUCCCAGGUCAUUGACCACCUACCAUGCUUCUCCUUCCGUUUAUCCUCUUUUGAAGAGCUUGACGAACCUCAUCAAUUGGUCUCAAAGCGUCCCGUUCAUCUGUAAAUAUUGCCAUUUGUUAUAUCAUGUCGUCCAGUUGAGCCAGUCGUUCCUAAACUCAUUUAACUUGAAGCUACGCCAAUUUAACACAAAUGAAAAUCCCGCUCCGUCUUUGUCUUGCUAGAUGUCAUUCAUUUUUCAAAGUGUCGUUUCGUUUCGCUUCAUUUACAUAUUCACGUCGGUUCACGGUCGGUAAAGCAGCUCUCGCUCUUUGCAGCCUUCGGUUCCGAUUUGAAACUGGUAAGCUUAUCUCUUAUACGAUCUCUCGGUUACUUUUCAGAGUAGUAUACCUUUCAUCAAACGCUGCUGCAUCCCCUUGCUUCAUGGACUCAUUCAAUGCCUCGCUUUAUUUUUUGUAGCUGCAUCAAAAUGUUCAAUCGACUGAAUUCUCAUUUUUCCAGAUAAAAGUCUUUAGACUCAGGAAUAUCUUUGAAUCAUAAAAUGAGUGCAAGUUGUGUAAAAAAAAAAAAAAAAAAAAAAAAAGGUUUUAGAGAAUGCCGUCUUUUGAACUUGUGCACUUUUAGCUUUUGACUCAUUUUUACUGUAAAAACUCAUGUCACUAAGUGGCACCCCACGAAUACCGGAAUGUUUUACCUGUCAAAAAGUUAGCACACUAAAGCAGAAUUUUACAAGGAUUCGCCUUGCACCCCUCAGGGAAUAGCUGUGAAUUUUGCUGACUAUUGAAGAUGGCGCUAUACUUUUUCUGAGGUUCUGGGAAACUAAUUCUCUUUAUUAGAUUCUGGCUUCAUUGUCACCCAUUAAUGCAUGACGCUAUUCAUCUUUUCCAUUAACCAUAAAUAUGCAUAA